AUGGAGAGGGCCCCCGCCUCGACGGAGCAGGUGUGCAUGCUGUGUCGCCGGGCAGAGGCUGACCCGGACAUCUGUGGGCGCAAACUGGAGAAGGAAGGGCUCUGUGCCCACGUGUUUUGCCUGUUUUUCGCCAACGAGCUUUACCAGCAACGGCUCAAGGAAUUAGGACUCAUGGGAUUUCUCCCUGAGGAUAUUCGACGCACCAUCCAGCGGGCAGCGCAGAAGGACUGCUUCGUCUGUGGCGAGAAUGGGGCCGCCAUCACCUGCCACGAGACGGACUGUGACCGCAGCUUCCAUCUCCCCUGUGCCGUGGAGGGUGGAUGCGUCACCCAAUUCCUUCCUCAGUACAGGUCCUUCUGCUGGGAGCACCGCCCAGAGCAGGCAGUGGAGGCGGCUCCGGAGGAGAACACCACCUGCCUCAUCUGCCUGGACCCUGUGGGGGACAGAAAGUCCUACGGCACCAUGGUGUGCCCAGCGUGCAAACACGCCUGGUUCCACAGGGGCUGCAUCCAGGGACAGGCUGCGCGCGCUGGCAUUUCUUGCUUCCAGUGCCCGCUCUGUAGAGAUAAGGAAGAGUUUGUCCUGGAAAUGCUCACCGUGGGGAUCCGAAUCCCCUUCAGGCUGCCAUCAUGGGAGAACAGCCGUGCAUACGCAGCACUAUAUGAGAGGCACGGCCGCUGCGAUGCCAGCGAGUGCCUUUGUCCAGGAGGCAGGGAGCAGGCAGAGGAAGAGGGGCCCUGGCAACUGCUCCUGUGCUGCUCCUGUGCUGCCGAGGGCACCCACAGACGCUGCGCCUACUCGGGGAACAGCACGGCCAGCUGGGAGUGCAACAGCUACUCCAGUACCGCCUCAGAGCUCGCCGGCCCCAGCACUGCCAGCCAGUCAGGAUCGGGGCCUUCCCACGACUCUCCGGCACCCGAGACCAGCAGCCCCAGCACCAGCAGCCAGGCGGCAUCGGGGCAAUCUCUCGCAUCUGUGGUGCCCGAGAUCAGCAGCCCCAGCACCGCCAGCCAGGCGCCAUCGGGGUCCUCCUGCGGCUCCCCGCCACUUCAGGACAGCCUCCGCUCCAGCCCCCCUGGGCCCGAGCGGGUGCGAGAAUGCUCCCGCUUGCAACGUCGGGCCCAAACACCAUACAGCCGGCCCAGCAGACACGGUGGCAGGAGCCGUGCGCCAGCACCGAGUGCUGAGAGCAGCACUCCCAGCCAGGCGGUGCUGGGGCUGUCCCACAGCUCGCUGGUACCGGAGACCAGCAGCCCCAGCACCAGCAGCCACGAAGCGUCGGGGUCCUCCUGCGGCUCCCCAGCACUGGACACCAGCAGCUCCAGCGCCGGUAGCCACGCAGCAUUCGGGCCGUCCCAUGGCUCCCUGGCACCAGAGACCAGCAGCCCCGGCAGCGCGGCACCAGGGCCAUCCCACGGCUCCCCAGUGCUUGAGGGCAGCAGCCGCUCCAGCCCACCUGGGCCCAAGCGGGUGCGAGACCGCUCCCGCUUGCGACGUCGGGCCCAAACUCCCUACAGCUGGCCCAGAAGACGCCCUGAGAGCAGCCGCGCCCCAGCACCAAGCGCUGAGAGCAGGAGCCCCCGCCAGGCUGCGCUGGGGCCGUCCCACGGCUCCCCGGCACCCGACAUCGGCAGCCCCAGCACCGCCAACCUGGAUUCUCCAAUGCUGGAUUUCGCAUUCCUCUUUUCCUACUCCGGUGGCGCCUGA